AUGUCGAACUCAAGUAGACUCGUCCUUGCCUUCGACAUAUAUGGAACAAUACUGGACACUGGCAGCAUAGCCUCUGCCAUUAGAGUCCAAGUCGCUGAGUGCUCUAAUGAUCAAGCUAUCCAGCUGAGUCAGCUCAUGAGAAGAUACCAACUCGAGUACACAUGGAGGUUGAACUCCAUGGGUCUGUACGAGCCCUUUGACGUCGUCACAAAGAACAGCCUGAAGCACGCUGCUGCAGAACUGGACAUCACCCUCGACGAUACUGCUGUCACCGCGCUGAUGAACAGUUACGACCGCCUCCACCCGUUUGCAGAUGCCAUCCCCGCCUUGGAAGAACUAAGUCAAUUGCCAAAUGUACGGCUCUUUGUCUUCAGUAAUGGAACUAAGCAGAUGGUGACCACGGCUCUCCAUGCCUCGCUCCCUGAGGCGCUCCAUUCACUCCCUCUCUGCCUCGCCGACAGUGUUCAACGCUACAAGCCUGCUCUAGACGCGUACAAGGCGCUUCUCCACAGCGUCUCUAACCAUACACUGCCUGAGGCGCGCGGUGACGUACCCAAUGUGUGGCUUGUCAGUGGAAAUCCAUUCGACGUGACUGGCGCGCGCUCUGCUGGAUUGGGAGCUAUCUGGGUCGACAGGAUCGGAAAGGGAUGGAAGGACCAGCUGCCUCUACCUGUCGAUGGCCUUGGUCCGUGGAAGACAAUCCGCAGCCUGCAAGAAAUCGCAGCGAUGAUAGGUGAUUUGAUGUAA